UUUCUUCCUUGUUUGAAAAUGGAGAAACUGAAAAUGGCGGUGUCGCGAAUAUCUUCCAUCCCGCCUCGCCUUUGGCUCACCAAUCUCUCCGCUUCGGAGCUCUCUCUGAUUCCACUACUCUCACUCGUAUCAUCUCUCUAUUCCGCCGCCGUGCGCCUCCGCCACUAUCUCUACAUCUUGGGAGUUCUCCGCAAGCACAGGUUGCCAGUUCCGGUGAUUAGUGUUGGAAAUUUGACGUGGGGAGGCAAUGGGAAGACUCCGAUGGUGGAAUUCCUGGCGCGCGCUUUUGCUGAUGAUGGAAUCUCACCUCUCAUUCUUACUAGGGGUUAUGGUGGCGCAGACGAAGCUAAAAUGCUUCAGAGGCAAUUGCAAGGUACAUCGGCAAAAGUUGGAGUAGGUGCAAAUCGCGCAGCUAUUGCAUCUAGAUUCCUAGAAAGAUAUGGUUGUGCGGCUUUUAAUGGUGCUACGGAUAGACCCUUUACCGGGACCAAAUCUGAAUCUUUAUCUACCCCUAGUCAAAUUGGUGUUGCUAUCCUGGAUGAUGGGAUGCAGCAUCUAAGCAUCCAGCGUGACCUGGAGAUUGUGAUGGUGAAUGCACUGAUGCCAUGGGGAAAUCAUCAUUUGCUUCCUCUUGGGCCAUUAAGAGAACCUUUAACUGCACUUGGCCGAGCCAACAUUGUCGUCAUACAUCACGCAGAUUUGAUACCGGAAGAAGAUGUUGAUGCAUUGGAAUCAACAAUUCUGCAAGUCCAAGAAUCUGUUCCAAUAUUCCACACCAAAAUGGCGCCAAUAAACUUCUUCUCGUGUCAAGACACUGCCCGUAAAAUGCCACUGAAUGCCGUAGCUGCUACAGUAUUUUUAUGCCUCUCAGGCAUUGGUUCUGCCGAUUCCUUCAUCAAGAGGAUUGAAAGGUUGGGACCUGCACAUGUGGAUCGCCUAGAUUUCAGCGACCAUCAUAAAUUUCAGUUAAAGGAUAUUGAGAUGGUUCAAGCACGACUCCGAGCUCUUGAGUCCAAGUUUGGUACUAAACCAAUUGUAAUUGUAACAGAAAAGGAUUAUGACAGAUCCCCGGAGGCUUUUGAAUAUCUGAAACCUUACGAAGUCUUAGCGGUCUGCUGUCGCCUGCAAGUUCUCCGGCACAACGGAACCACAGAAGACACCUUCAAAAAGAUCAUAAAGCUUCAUUUGUGUCAAAGUGGUCGUGUUUUUCAUGGCGUCGUAACCAACGAUGACAAUGGCGGUCAGCGGCUUGCGUCACCGUGUGUCCACGUGACUUCAUUCGAAGGUCAGCGACGCGCCGUCCACCGUCGGCGUAGCGAUUUCGGCUUAUCGCCUGCCGCCACGUGUGUGACUCCACUUAAAGUAGUCCUCCCACGUUUCACACUCGCAAGAAUACUUCAAAAUUAAAAUAAAAUAGAAAGUCCGUUAUUCUUAAUUAUAUUUCAGAUAUAAAAAUUAAACUGCCGUCACCAUUCGCUGCACCCAGACAAAAUACUCCAUGCCAAACAAGCGUAUGCUUAUAAAUACCUAAA